GCUGCUAAGCCCCUCCGCCGGCGGAGGGCCAGGGUGAAGAGAUGGCCGGGCGGACGGCGUGGCUGCUGCAGCUGCUGCUGCUGCUUGCUGGGGCAGCAGCGCUAGCAAGCGGCUCGCAGGGCGACCGCGAGCCGAUGUACCGCGACUGCGUGCUCCGGUGCGAGGAGCGGAACUGCUCGGGGGGCGCACUGAGGCACUUCCGCUCCCGCCAGCCAAUCUACAUGAGCCUAGCAGGCUGGACCUGUCGGGACGACUGUAAGUAUGAGUGUAUGUGGGUCACCGUUGGCCUCUACCUCCAGGAAGGUCACACAGUGCCUCAGUUCCACGGCAAGAUGGGAACAGUGUGUCCUGCCUCUGGAUUUGAGUGGCCCUUCUACCGGUUCCUGUGCUUCCAAGAGCCAGCUUCUGCUGUGGCCUCUUUCCUCAAUGGGCUGGCUAGCCUGGCGAUGCUCUGCCGCUACCGCACCUCUGUGCCAGCCUCCUCCCCUAUGUACCCCACCUGCGUGGCCUUCGCUUGGGUCUCCCUCAAUGCCUGGUUCUGGUCCACAGUCUUCCACACCAGGGACACUGACCUCACGGAGAAAAUGGACUACUUCUGUGCCUCCACUGUCAUCCUACACUCAAUCUAUCUGUGCUGUGUCAGGACCGUGGGGCUGCAGCGCCCGGCCGUGGCCAGUGCCUUCCGGGCCCUCCUGCUGCUCAUGCUGACGGUGCACGUCUCCUACCUGAGCCUCGUCCGCUUUGACUAUGGCUACAACCUGGCGGCCAACGUGGCUAUCGGCCUGGUGAACGCAGCCUGGUGGCUGGCCUGGUGCCUGUGGAACCGCCGGCGGCUGCCGCACGUGCGCAAGUGCAUGGUGGUGGUCCUGCUGCUGCAGGGGCUGUCCCUACUCGAGCUGCUAGACUUCCCGCCUCUCUUCUGGGUCCUGGAUGCCCACGCCAUCUGGCACAUCAGCACCAUCCCUGUUCACAUCCUCUUCUUCAGGGGACGCUCUCAGAGCUGUGCCUCAGUGGGCUCCUCCCUCGGCCCACAGCUUUCUGGAAGACGACAGCCUCUACCUGCUGAAGGAAUCAGAAGCCAAGGUCAAGCUGGACUGAAGGCCCUGGAAGUGGGUCUGCUCUCUUGGGGAUCCCGUCCCUCCCUGCUGGCUCUUCUUCACCCCCCAAUCCUUGAGAUGAUUUAUAUUUUUCCUUUCAGCAUCUUGAACUUGGACAUGAGGGCUGUGGUCCCAGAAUCAUGUAACCUGCUCACCCCCACAUGGCCCUCACAGGUCUUGAUGUCAGUUCAGACCUGGCCUCAUAACAUCUGGGGCUAGAAAAUGGGCAACCCCUCUGAUCCCUGGAGCUGAACUGGGCUGGAACUGUGUUCUGAGCUCCACAGGGAGGAGGGCUGCCUCUCCCUCCCCAUCAGCCUCCUCCUCACAUCCCCUCAUUGCCUGGACAGUUCCCAGAACCCUGUGUCUAGCUGGGAGACCAGGUACCACAGGCCUUUGGGGAUAUAGGGGAGUCCCCUUCUGUUACCCCAGUGCCCUCCUCUGGGGCACCACUAGGUGGCACUAGAUGCUUGCUCUUGGCUGCCCAGGUUUCAAGGCCGGUCUUCUCAUUCUCCGCAUGGGAUCUAGAGGGACCAAGCUGUUGGAAUUGGGGAGCAGUCUCACCCAGACUGUUGCCCUAGUCAGACCCCCAGGAAUCCUCAUCACACUCCCCCUCACGGCCAGGACCCCAGAGAGCCCAGGACAGGCAUCCCUCUGGCCCCUGGGCUGCUGUUCUGGUUGGGAGCCUGCAAGUGAGUGUGCAAGGGAGACCACGUGUGUAGGUGAUGGGAUGGUGGACGUGGUCCUGGGGUGUGUGGGAUGUUGGGUGGUGUGGUGUGUGUGAGCAUUGGCCUUGUGCAGUGUGGAAAGUCGGGGGGAUGAGAGUGGUUUUGAAGUAUGUGUGUUGGGGGGCAAGCGGGUUAGUGUGGGUUAGGGGAAUGUGCAGAGACCAAGUGUGAGUGCAGGGGAGUGUGAAUGCUCCACAGUGUGUGUGUGUGGGGGGGAGGGGAUCAAAUCAUGUCAACAGCCAUUUACUGAGCACCAACCUUAUACGCAGCCCCAGGCCAGGCAGAGAGGCAGGAUGUCCCCAGGAUCGGGCGGGGGUACGGGUGUCCAGGCUGCGUGUGUGUAUAUGUGUUCCUUUCUUCUGCCCUCCCCCCUUUACCAACCUCACAAGGCUCCUGCAAAACCCAAGAUCACCCCCAGAAUCAGACCCUUGGGAGGCAGAGGAAGGAAAAUGGGCAUCCUCCUUGCCUACACAUGGUUGUCCAGCCCUAGCCCAGUGCCCUGCCUGCUAAGCCCCUUUGCCACUGCCUGACCCAGGGGAGGGAGGGGGCAGUCUGAGGGAGGAGGGAAGAAGGCUUUGGCUGGGUCUGGUCUCUGGUCUUCGCAGCGGCAGGCAGGGGCCAUGCUGUGCCUACACCCUGGUAAAGGUGACCUCUGCCAGUUUCCAGCAGCCAUAGCACAUUCCGGCUCCACAAGGAUAGAAUGUGGAGCUCCAGAAAGUUUCCACCCAAAGGCAGUCUCUGUGAUUGGAGCAGGGAGUCUGGAUUCUUGCUCUUUCCCUGCCCUCUUGCCCCUCCCUGGGGUAAGGGCACUAAGCUAGGACUCCAACUUCAGGGACUUGGGUGGCCUGUGUUAACUUCUUUUGAUACUAAGAACUAUUUUAAGGUAGGAGGGUGGCAAGGGACAUUCUUAAUAAACCAAUUCUCAGCCUCA